UGGCGGAAUGAAACGCAAGGAACAGAGAUUUAACUCAAAGAGUGCAGGUGUGACUUCAACUAUGCUUAUUAUGGCGAUCAUCGGAGCCUUUACUCCCACCUUAUUCUAUCAAACAUAUGCAUCGUACAAUAUGAAAUGUCGACCAAUUUCAUGUGUAGACGACUCCGAAACUUCCUGCAUAUCUUGCGUGCAUUCGCCGGUUGAUCCAGUGACCAAUAAAUUAUAUGAGGAUUAUGUCACACCCUUGAUGUACUUUAGCGCUGUAGUCUUAAUCUUGUCGUAUUUCAUUGGCCUAUGGUUUACUUUGCGUACUCAUGCGGCUUUGGUGUGGCAAACGCAUCAUGCUGCGGAGCACGAACAAACACGAAAUCUUAGUAAUCUUAUUCCCAAACGGCUUGUUCCUCCAAAUAUCCUGCAACAAUUAUUACCUCAUUCCCCUACCAGUCCAACUGCUCAACAUCCGCCAGCAUCCAUAAAUUCACAGCGUUCAUUAGCGGUGCCCGAGACAAAUCCAAAUGAUAAUCAAACAUCGCUAUCUCAUGAACAAAAUCUUCAUAUUGCAGCAGAAACUCUCGGGUCACAUGGUCACGAUGACGAAUAUGAAGAGGAGGAGGAGGAAGAAAUUACUGGGCAUGAUUCACCAAAUUGGGGUAAAGUUAAAAGUGGAAUUGUCCUACUUUCCUUCACUGCACUUUAUUCCCUCAUAGCCGAAAUCCUGGUGGAGAACAUAGACGAAUUUGUAAGCAAGUCUGGGAUGACCGAAAAAUUCACAGGCUUAACGUUGAUUGCAUUGGUACCCACAGUAACCGAGUUUGUGAAUGCAAUUUCAUUUGCAAUAAAUAACAAUAUCGCCUUAAGUCUGGAAAUUGGUUCCGCAUAUGCUUUGCAAGUAUGCCUCUUACAAAUUCCUGCGAUGGUUGCAUUUUCCGGUUGGUACAAUCGCGGUAAAAAGGGUCAUGAACUGAAAGGUCAUACUUUCACAUGGGAUAUGUUUGCAGUGAUCUUCUCAGUGUGCAUGUUAACAUACACCUACAUCGAAGGAAAAUCGAAUUACUUUAAGGGAUCAAUCUUGGUUCUCUGCUAUUUAGUAUUGAUGGCAGGAUUCUACUGGGCACCUGAUAGAGAUGGUUAUUAG